CACACGGCUGUAGGCUGUCUUACUGCACCUAUCCACUCACAGGUCACAGCUCGAUAGCAAGGUCAAACUCCAAGCCGAUUCGAUCCUUCAUGCAUGCAUGGUCAACUCGUUUGUGGGUUGACCUCUCGCACCUAUAUAGAGCGCAGUACGUACGAACUCAUGCAAGCUCGACCGGUGCAGCAGCUAGCAGCCAGCCAGAGAGUCAACUGAAGAUUAGCUCGGCGUCCCGGAGGUCAGCUUGAUCGAUCAUCGCGGCGAUGAGCCGGGCGGAGGCGGAGGAGGAGCGGUGCCGGUACAAGGGCGUGCGGCGGCGGCGGUGGGGGAAGUGGGUGUCGGAGAUCCGGGUGCCCGGGACGAGGGAGCGCCUGUGGCUCGGCUCCUACGCCACGCCCGAGGGCGCCGCGGUGGCGCACGACACCGCCGUCUACUUCCUCCGCGGCGGCCUCCUCGCAGACAGUGGCGCGUCGGCGCUCAACUUCCCGGAGCGCGCGGCCGCCGCGUACGGCACCGGCUCCGUCGCGCCCCUGUCGCCGCGGUCCGUGCAGAGCGUGGCGUCCGACGCCGGCAUGGCCGCCGACGCGCAGCUCGUGGCGGCGCGGGACAGCGCGGCCGAGGCCGCCGCCACCGGGCCGAGGCAGUACGCGGAGCUGCGCGCCGGCGCCGGCGCCGCGCAGGGUGGCGCGAACGCGUACGCGUACACGCAUAUGGGCGGCGGGUAUAGUGGCGGCAGCAGUGGCGGCAGGGAGCAGCUCGUUCACGGGGACAUUAGCGUCGAUGACAUGGAGAUUUUGAUGUAAAAGCAUACAUACUCAAAUUUUUUAAGACCAGUACAGUCGAAUUAGCUAUGCAAUGAAUAAAGAUUACGUCGUCGAACAA